AUGUUACUCUCCUAUUUAAGUGUCCUCUUAACUUGUGGUAUUGCCUUAGGACAAUAUGUACGAGAACAUACUCCAGCUGAACGAAUGAGAAUUUUGGGUCCCUUGGCUUUUGCUGAUGCUCGUGUGAUAUUUAACUGUCCAGCAUUAACUCCAUCACCAACAGUUCCAACAUCAGUUCAUGCUUUACGACCAGCUGAUAUCAAACAUAUAGCAUCGAUGGGCGAUAGUUUAACAGCUGCAAAUGGUGCUAAAGCAUUCUCAGUAGUUGCUGUUAUAGUCGAAUAUCGAGGUGUUUCAUGGAGUAUUGGUGGAGAUGAAAAUCUUCAAAAAGUUGUCACCUUAGCCAAUAUUUUACGACAAUUCAAUAGUAAAUUAGAUGGUUAUUCACUUGGAACUGGUAAUCGAAAUUCUUCAAAAGCUGGUUUUAAUGUUGCCAAAGCUGGUGCUAUUUCUUCUGAUAUGCCUAGUCAAGCAAAUCUUCUUGUUGAACGAAUGACUCAAGCAUUAGGUGCUGCAAAAUUUGCUGCAGAUUGGAAAUUGGUUACAUUCUUUAUUGGUGGUAAUGAUCUUUGUAGUUAUUGCAAAGCUACCGAUCGAUUCAGUCCAGCUAAUUAUGCAAAUAAUAUUAAACGUGCAUUAGAUAUUCUUAAAGCUCGAAUGCCUCGUACACUAGUUAAUUUUGUAACUGUUCUUAAUGUUGCUGAACUUAAAGAUUUACAUGAAGGUGUUCGAUGUCAAACAUUACAAAAUUUCAUGUGUGAUUGUGGUGUUGAUAAGAAAACACGUGACCAAAUACGUGUGGCGAAUAUUGAUUAUCAACGAGAAACAACUGCAUUAAUUGAUUCGGGUAUUUAUGAUACAUCUGAUGAUUUUACUGUUGUUCGACAACCAUUUAUGGAACAUAUGAAAGUACCUGUUACGAGCGGUGGUUCGGCUGAUUUCUCAUAUUUUUCACCUGAUUGUUUCCAUUUCAGUCAAAAAGGUCAUGAAGCUGCUGCUGUUGAACUUUGGAAUAAUAUGAUGCAAAAAGUUGGUCAAAAAACAACAACCUGCACUUGGUAUGUAUCCAUUAAUGCACAAUCAGAAGAUAAUUCAACAACAAACAGUCUUGUUCAAAAUGUUACUGAAGAAGAAACAACCGUUGCUUCAACUACUGAAUAUACAAACACCGAUAAAAUUACCGAGCAUGCAACCUCAGACCAAACUACUGAACAAAUGAACUUCGACUCUACUACGAAACAUACAACGUUCGACCAAACUACUCAACAAGAAAGCUUCGAACAAACUACUCAGUAUACAACCUUAGAACAAACUACUGAACAAAAAAGCUUUGACCAAACUACGCAACAAAUAAGUCUUGAUCAAACUACCGUUAUGUUGGAUAUAAAUUCAACAACAAGUGUUUCAACUAAAGGUUUUGUAGCUUCAUAUGUUGAACCACCACUACAUCCACUUGGCUAUUGUAUUCGUUCACGUUUACGCUGUUCUAAAAUUCGUCGUUGUUGCAAAGGACCCUGCGGUGUUAUUAAGAUGAAGUGUCCCUAA